AUGUUUGUGGCAAAUAAAGAAAUUGAAUACAAUCCAAAAUUUGAUCUUAUACUAUCACAAAAUGAUGGAAUAAUAUUCAACGAUUCACCAUCACUACCAAAAUCUGGUGAACCUCUUGAUGGUUGUUUAAAUAUUGAAGAAUUUACGGAAGUUAUGAAAGCAUUAGCAGAAUAUAGAGUUAUGGAAGAGGUACCACUAAUUAAAACACCUUUAGAAGAGAUUACUUAUGUAAGCUAUGAAAUUCACGAAUCAUUGGGCUUUGAUUAUGCUGUGAUUACACGUAUUGAGCCAACCAAAUUUGAAAGUCUUUUAAUUCGUAUGAUUGAACAAGGACCAGGAUUUUUUGAUAUUGAAGGAAAUGAAUUAUAUGAACUCUUAUCAGAGUUAAGUGAAAUCUUACGUACAGAAAAUUCACUUCUAGAAAUAUCAGCUGAUGUUGUUGUAAUUGGUGAAAUACGUGGACGGUUC